CUAAUGCGGCGUAGUUGGUUAUGUGUACGAUUGUCCAUUAUCAAUUUUAUCCAUGCAAUUAUAACUUAAUUUUAACGUUAUAUCGUGCAAUGUUAGGAUUUUGAAGUAAAAUGGAUCGUACAAAUCAAAAGAUAACAUGGACCCUCCUGGAGCUCAGCGGGCUCUUGGAAGAAGAAGAUGCUCACGUGCACUUUGAGAGAACCACCAAGCAUCUUGCAUUACAUCCCUAUCAUUUGAUUAACAUUCAGCGAGGUCUGAAUCAAAUAUUAAAAUCGUCAUUGAACAAUUACGACAAAGAGUUGAAUGGAUUUGUAUUAGCUUUUAAAAAUCCUAAAGUGCUUAGUAAUUUUGGAGAAGUACUCUAUGAUUCUCCCUUUAUUCAUAUCGAUAUAGAAGCAGACUUUUAUUUGUUUCGUCCAAAAGUUGGUUCUUUUGUAAAAGGUAUAGUGAACAAGAAAGGCUUGGAUCAUAUUGUAGUGUUAGUGCAUAAAAUAUACACUAUAUCUAUUCCAAAGCCGGAUAACGAGGAAGAAUGGAUAGGAGAUUCAGUAGAGGUUGGUCAAGAAAUAAGAUGCUGCAUAAAUCAAGUAGACAACAAAUGUAAGCCUCCUUUUAUUCGUGCCACUUUAAAUUCUGAUUAUUUGCAAGGCUGCAGAUUAUCAGAUAGUAUAAUUAUCCACAAUAUGGAAAAUAUUACUGAUAUGAUAAAUGAUAUUGAAAGCCACAAUUUGAAUAGUAUUAAGAUUGAGAAGACAAAUGAUGAAAUAUCAGAAAAUGAUAUUUCCGAGAAAGAGGAAAAGAAACAUCGAAAGAAGCAUAAAAAGUCCCGUGAUAUUGAUACUUAUAAAAAUAUAAAAUAUGAAGAUAAUAAUACAGACAGUACUAUUGAAGAGCUUAAUGAGAAUAGCACUGUCAUUAUUGAGAAUUCAGUUAAUGAAGAUGACACUGUCUCUGAUAAAGGAAAAAAGAAACACCGAAAGAAAUAUAAAAAUUCCCACGAGAUUGUUUCUGAAUCUUUCCUUACAUAUCAAACAAAAGCUGAAUCGAGUAAUAAUACAGAUAACGAUACUUACAAAUAUAUUAAAUAUGAAAUUAACAGCAAUACAGAUAUUAUCGAAAAUCAAAAUCUGAAUAGUACUGUCAAGAUUGACACUUCAAUCAAUCAAACAUUAGAAAACGAUAUUAUUUCUGAAAAAGAGAAAAGGAAAUACAAAAAAAAGCAUAAAAAAUCUCAUGCAAGUGAUCUAGAAUCUACCUCUGAAGAUAAAAAUGAAACUACAUUGAACAGUAAUAUUCACAUAAAUAUUAAAUGUGAAGAUAACAUCCAUAAUACAAACGAUGCUGAAAACCACAAUCUGGAGUAUCUUAAUAAUAACGCUAUUAAGAUUGAUAGUUGGAAUGGAAUAUCAGAUGAUGCUUUUUCUGAUAAAGAAAAAAAGAAAUUUCGAAAGAAACAUAAGAAAUCUCGCGAAAUUGAUCCAGAAUCUAUCUCUGAAAAUAAGAACGAAAUCAAAUUAAAUUAUAAUAAUACAGAUAGCAGUAGCCAUAAAAAUAUUAAAUGUGAAGAUAAUAUCCAUAAUACAAACAGUGCUAUCGAAAAUCACAAUCUAGAUAGAAUUAUUAAGAUUGAAAAUUUAACUAAUGGAAUAUCAGAAGAUACUACUUUCGAUAGAGAAAAGACUAAACAUCGAAAGAAACGUAAAAAAUCUCGUGAGACUGAUACAGAGAAUGAAACUGCAUCUGAUUAUUUAGAAAGUUGCAAGAAGAGGAAAAAAACAUCUACAUCUCCAGAUUCAGAAUUAAAAACUUCUAUCAAAAUAAAAACUGAGAAAUUUGAUUCAAAUUUAGAAUUAAAGUCUCCCAUUAAAAUAAAAGUUGAAAAGUCUGAGUUGACUAUAUACUAAUUGAUACUAUAAACAAACCAAUAUUCGUAUGCAGAUUGACCCUAUGCAUAACAUACAUAGAAUUGGUUUCCUUUUCUUCAUGGAUUAUGUCUAAAUUGCGACAAAAAUAAAAAUGUA